AGUAAUUCUGAUGUUUCUGGUAAGCAGGAGAGACAAUGGCACAAAGGACUUGGGAUCACCAACACUCUCUGUGAAGGUCAACUGUAUGCUGAAUGCAGCGGAGCUGGAGCUGGAAUUGCCUGGUGGUGAUGCAUUUGUGAAUGAUAUGCUCUGCUACAUGCUAGAUUUUGAUUCUCUUAAGAAAGAAGAUGUCUAUGAAAAUAAUAAGUUGGCAUUCCAGGUGGCAGAGGGGGAGCUGGGAAUCCCAGCGUUGCUGGAUGCAGAGGACAUGGUGGCACUGAGAGUCCCAGACAGACUGAGCAUCCUGACCUAUGUCUCGCAGUAUUACAAUUACUUCACAGGCCGGUCACCAA